CAUUUUCGACUUCUUACUGAAAAUGGAGUCCUUUAGAAGUAAUUACAACAAACUGUUUACAUCUUUCUUCUUAUUCUCGGCCCUCUUGCUCGUUUUUAUGAGCUCAAUGCCGAUAACUAAUGCAAAAGUUCACCACCAUGAUUUUGUUGUGCAAGCAACACCAGUGAAGAGGCUGUGCAAAACCCAUAACACAAUUACCGUGAAUGGGAUGUAUCCCGGACCAACUUUGGAAGUCAACAAUGGCGACACCCUCGUGGUCAAAGUCGUUAAUCGAGCUCGUUACAAUGUUACUAUUCACUGGCAUGGAGUGAGGCAAAUGAGAACCGCGUGGGCAGACGGACCGGCAUUUGUGACGCAAUGCCCAAUCAGACCGGGAGGGAGUUACACUUACCGGUUCACAAUCGACAGACAAGAAGGCACUCUUUGGUGGCACGCCCAUAGCUCUUGGCUCAGAGCCACCGUCUACGGUGCUCUUAUCAUUCGCCCCAGGCAAGGAGACGAAUAUCCCUUCCCCAAGCCCCACCGCGAAACUCCCCUUCUUCUUGGUGAAUGGUGGGACGCGAACCCCAUCGAUGUUGUGAGACAAGCUACUCGAACAGGAGCCGCCCCUAAUAUUUCCGAUGCUUACACCAUCAACGGUCAACCUGGCGAUCUAUACAAUUGCUCUGCCAAAGAUACAAUAGUAGUGCCGAUAGCAGCUGGAGAGACGAAUCUGCUAAGAGUAGUGAAUUCGGCACUGAAUCAAGAACUAUUCUUCAAAGUGGCGAAUCACAAGCUCACAAUAGUGGGAGCCGAUGCCUCUUACGUGAAACCAUUCACAACCUCUGUUCUGAUGCUUGGUCCAGGCCAGACAACAGAUGUACUAAUCACAGCCAAUCAGCCACCGGCAAGAUACUACAUAGCGGCACGAGCGUAUGCAAGCGCACAAGGUGCACCCUUCGAUAACACAACCACCACAGCUAUCCUUCAAUACAAAUCCGCCGCUUGCAGUACUACUACAUCCAAAUGUGUCUCAUCCAAACCCGUUAUACCGAAAAUGCCUGCUUUCAACGACACAGCCACUGUCACUGCUUUCACCACCAGCUUUAGAAGCCCGAGAAAAGCGCCCGUCCCCACUAAAAUCGAUCACAAUCUCUUCUUCACCGUCGGUUUAGGACUUAACAAUUGCCCACGUGGGGCCAGGUCGAGAAACUGUCAGGCUCCGAAUGGAACUCGAUUUGCUGCCAGCAUGAACAAUGUCUCGUUUGUGCUCCCGUCAAAUUUUUCGCUGCUGCAAGCACAUCAGCAGGGCGUACCUGGUGUUUUCACCACAGAUUUUCCGGCAAAUCCGCCGCUACGAUUUGAUUACACUGGAAACGUAAGCCGCUCGCUCUGGCAACCUGCUCAGGGUACCAAGGUAUAUAGAUUGAAAUACGGGGAAACAGUACAGUUGGUUUUGCAGGGGACGAGUAUAUUCACGGCUGAGAAUCACCCAAUUCACCUUCACGGUUACGACUUUUACAUAAUUGCCGAGGGUUUCGGAAACUUCAACGCAAAGAGAGAUACAGCCAAAUUUAAUCUAGUGGAUCCACCUCUUCGGAAUACGGCUAGUGUACCUGUUGGAGGAUGGUCGGUUAUCAGAUUUGUCGCCGACAAUCCAGGGGUGUGGCUGAUGCACUGCCACCUGGAUGUACACAUAACAUGGGGUUUGGCAAUGGCUUUUCUAGUCGAAAAUGGUGUCGGAAAGCUACAAACAUUAGAGCCUCCUCCAGCUGACCUUCCCAAAUGCAAUUAAUAGCAUCAAUACUAAUAUUUGCAGCAAAUUUUUAAUGUCCUGCUAGACGGGCAAUUAAUAUUUUUGUGGUCGUAUCUACGUGUUGUAUCGUACGUUUACCCGCAUUCGGGGUUUAGUACUUGUUUUCUUUACUCCCUUUUUUUUAUUUUGGUAUUAUUAUUUAUUUGGCUAUGUAAAAGCGGGGCGAGAAUGAUGGUGCUACAUUAGCCAAACAACCAUCAUUUUCGGUAUAUCCGAGCAUGUCCUUGAUUGUAGCUUGUAUUGUUCAUCUGUGCAACAUAUACAAUUAUUAUUUAUUUCUUCUCCUUUGAUA